AUGGCAAGCAUCAAAGAAAUUGGACGAGAACUUGAAGAUGCAAAAGAAGAACACAAAAGGUACGUAGAAGUUGGAAGAGUUGAAGAAAUUGAGAAAGGAGAAGAAAAAGAAGAUCCUUGGGAGGAAGAUAUUUGGAAAUUACGAGAUGCAUUGGUUACAACUAGAGGAAAACAAGGUGUAUUGGUGAUAACUAACCUCCUGUACGAUCCAUUUCAAGAACUGAUUGGUCCGGGUGCAUUGCGACAUUUUCAAGGUAUACUAGAAAUUUCAAAUUUCCAUGCUCUCAAGAAAACAAGAGUUCAAAUAUGGUUAUAUGAACAAGUAGAUUUAAGAAUUGAAGGGCAAAUUAUUGGAUUUGAUGAAUUUAUGAAUUUGGUUCUUGAUGAUGCUGAAGAAAUAAAUGUCAAGAAAAAGUCUAGAAAAUCAUUAGGAAGAAUCUUGUUGAAAGGUGAUAAUAUUACUUUAAUUCAGAGUGCUACUUAA